AUGAUUUUAAGCUUUAAAAUAAAACUUUUGAUAUUAUUUAUAUAUUUAUAUAUGAGGUUUGUUAAUUCUAAUAAACAAAUUCAAAAUACAUUAUCUCAAAACAUAUCAAACCAAUUGUAUAGAAAUAUAGUUCCGCCAUUAAAUAAUGUAAAUAAUAUUUCUAAUCCAUUUUUAAAUGGAAAUGAUAAAAAAAAAGACAAUAAACAUACUUGUGAAGCAGCAGGAUGCUCAUCAUAUAAAAAUAUUAUAAAAAAUAAUGAUAAUCAAAAUAGCAAUUUUGAUGAUUGCUUAAAUGGUUUUAUAUGUAAAAAAUGCAAAAAAACACAUGCAAAAAAUUCAAAUAUAUGUUUCUAUUCUAAUAUUGAAGGAUAUCAAAAUUUAUAUGAAGCAUUAUUAGAGGAAUAUACAUUAACCCCUUAUGAUGAUUUUAAAAUUCUUUUGAACAAAUAUAACAAUAAAAAAGGAGAUGAAAAUAAAAAUGAUGUAAAAAAAAAUAGUGAUAAUGAAAAUGAUCAAAAUGAUAAUGAAAAUGAUCAAAAUGAUAAUGAAAAUGAGAUAAAAAAAAAUAGUGAUAAUAAAAAUGAAGAUGAAGAUGAUGAUGAUGAAGAUGAUGAAGAUGAAAAAAAAAAAAAAAAAAGUAAUGAAAAUAAAGAUGAUGAUAUUGUAUUUUUUGAAAAAAAGGCAAAUACUAACUCUUAUCAAGGGUUGAAUAAAACAAAUGAAAGUACAAAAAAUGAUGAAAAUGCAAAUAUAGUGAAAUUUAUUGAAAAGACAAAAUAUAAACAAAGUAAAAACAAACAUUAUAACUUUAAUAUAUUAGAACCUUUUGAAAAAAAAAAACAAAUUACACAGUUUUCUACUAAUAAUUAUUCUUUUCUUUUUGAAAAAAAUAAAAAAUCAGAAAAAAUUGUAUAUAAAAGAUUAAAAAUAAACAUAAAUAAAUAUGAAGAAUAUUUAAAAAAUAAAUUAAAUAAAUGUGAUAUUUCAAAUGAUGGAAUGAUAACUGUAUAUAUUAAAUUAUUAUUACAAAUAGUUAAGGAUAAAAAUGAUAUAUAUGUUGAUAUAAGUAAGAAAAGUAUUGUAAAUUCAAAAGAAGUAAACAAAUAUAAUAAUACUAAAACACAAAAACAAACAAAUAAUCAAAAUGACUAUUAUGCAACCGAUGAUAACGAUAAUGAUAGUGAUAGUGAUAGUGAUAGCGAGAGCGAUAGUGAUAAUGAUGAAUUUUAUGGAUAUAAUAAAAAAAAAUCAAAUAAUUAUUCGUAUUUAGAAAUGUUAAAUUUAAUGGAAAAUAAAAAUAAUAUGAAUAAUAAUCCAAACAUUACACAAUUUUCUAAAUCGGACAAAAAAAAAUUGUCUACCAAUUCUGAAUCGAAACAAGAUAAAAAUAAAACAAGUAAUUUAAUGCCAAAUUAUAAAAUAAUUAAAAAUAUAACAAAAUAUAAUUUUUAUCAAGAACGAUUAACAGAUGAUUUAGAUGGGGAUUCGAUGGGUAACUAUUACAAAUCAAAAAAUGGAUUUUUUAAAUCUUUAUUUUCUAAAAUUUACAGAAAAAAAAAAAGUGAGGAAUAUGACGAUUAUGAUAGUGAUUCUUCAACAGAUGAUGAUAAUGAAUAUGAUAGUAAACAAAAAAAAAAAAAACGUUAUCGUCUAUUUUCAUGGAAAAAAAAUAAAAAUAAAAAUAAACAAACCAAUAGAGCAAAUAAAAACUAUGAUAAUGAUAAUGAAUAUGAAAAAGAUGAUAAAUAUUCGAGUAGAAGAAAUUAUAGAGAAGAAGAUGACGAUGAUGAUAAUAAUAAUGAUGAUGAUGAAUCAAAAAAAAAUCAAAAUAAUAAUAAAAUCGAUGAUAAACAAAAAAAUCAAAAAAAAUCAAAAAUAAAAGCAUUUUUUAAUCAAAUCAAAAAAAAAAUUAUUCCAGAAAAACAAAAAUUGCAUAUAGAAUCAUUUUUUAAUAGUAUUAUAGUAAAGUCAUGUAAAAAUUCAAUAAAAUGGGAAGGAAAGAUGUUUAAAAAAAAAUCUCUAAUAGAAGUAACAUUGAAAGUUCCUGUUAAAAUUAAAUACAUUGAAAACCAACCUCUAAAUUUUUUUAGAUCUGGAUUUGAAACUAUUUUAACUUGUCAUAAUUGUGAUGAUAUAAUAUUUAAUUCAUGUGUUCAGGUUUAUUGUACAAAAAAAAAUGAACAUGAACAAGGAAAAGACACUGAAAUAAACCAAACUCAAAAUACACCAAAUGAAUCAGUUUCAACAGUAGAUAAAUUAGCAGAUGUUUCACAAAUUCCAUAUAUGGCGGGUGCAUCUGUAUUUUCACAUUUACCAGUAUAUAAUCAUAAUAAUUAUUAUCCAGGAAAUACUAGUAUGUUAUAUUAUGAUUCUUAUAGUGAAGGAAAAAAUAACUAUUUUAAUUAUUUUGUUUUUUUUUUCAUAUUUAUGCUUAACUGUUUCACAAUUUGGUAA